GAAAACUUGAGAAAACAUGGCGGAGAGCGGAGCGUCUGUGUGAUUGGGUUUUAAGCGACUUUACCUCAAGACCUCCAAGAGUCGCAGGACUUCUCAGCCUCCGGAUAUGUUGUACACCCGAAGACUCUUCGCUGAGAUAUUUUAAAGGAUGGAGGCCUCGUGUCUGGAGCUGGCUCUGGAGGGCGAGCGCCUGUGUAAAGUGGGUGAUUACCGGGCGGGCGUCUCCUUCUUCGAGUCGGCCAUCCAGGUGGGCACGGAGGACCUGCAGAUCCUCAGUGCCAUCUACAGUCAGCUGGGCAAUGCCUACUUCCACUUACAGGACUACACUAAAGCGCUGGAGUUCCACCGCCAUGACCUCACUCUCACCAGGACUAUUGGGGAUCAACUGGGAGAAGCCAAAGCUAGUGGCAACCUUGGAAACACACUGAAGGUUCUGGGUCGAUAUGACGAGGCAGCAGCUUGUUGCCAGAGACACCUGGACAUUUCUAGAAUGCUUCAUGACAAGGUGGGGCAGGCACGAGCGCUGUAUAAUUAUGGGAAUGUGUACCACGCCAAGGGGAAGAACAUAUGCUGGAGUGGUAUUGACCCGGGAGACUUCCCUGAGGAGGCACGCAUUGCUCUAAAGAAAGCUACGGAGUACUAUGAAGCAAAUCUGUCCAUUGUGAAAGAGUUGGGGGACAGAGCGGCGCAGGGAAGAACGUAUGGUAACCUUGGCAACACGCAAUACCUGCUCGGGAACUUUCAGAAUGCUGUACUUGCCCAUGAACAGCGUCUCCUCAUCGCUAAGGAGUUCGGAGACCGGGCUGCCGAGAGACGAGCUUACUGCAACCUGGGAAAUGCUUACAUCUUCCUGGGCCAGUUUGAGGUGGCCGCUGAGCACUACAAACGGACACUGCAGUUGGCCCGUCAGCUGAGGGACCGGGCAGUGGAAGCUCAGGCCUGUUACAGCCUGGGCAACACAUACACACUGCUGCAGGACUAUGAGAGAGCCAUCGACUACCACCUCAAACACCUCAUCAUUGCUCAGGACUUAAAGGACAGGAUAGGAGAAGGCAGAGCCUGCUGGAGUUUAGGGAACGCCCACACUGCUCUGGGAAACCAUGAACAGGCCUUACAUUUUGCUCAGAGACAUCUGGAGAUUUCCAAAGAGAUUGGGGACCGCAGUGGGGAACUGACAGCCAGAAUGAACAUGUCGGACCUGCAGCUGGUGUUGGGUCUGAAACAGAACAACACCACCAACAGCAACAGCAACAGCUCCGACUGCACGGAUGGCCAUCCCAACAAUAACAGCAGUUCACCAGGCACAAAACCCAGAUCAGGCCGCAGACACAGCAUGGAGAACAUGGAGCUCAUGAAAUUAAGUCGUGACAAGAGUCCUGGGCCAGCCAGGGAGGAGGACACUUCCCCUAAGCAGGCCAAAACUUCCCCCUUAGCCAAAACAUCCUCCAAACUGUUCUUCAUCAGUCGCUUUAAGGGAAAGAAACAGAAGGCCAAUGGAACCAGCCCCACUAAAAUGAGCCCGACCAACAGCACCAGUCCACGUACACCUGAACUGGAUCCAAAGCACGCGCCAGACACUCUGGGCGACGAGGGCUUUUUUGAUCUUCUUAGCCGCUUCCAAGGCAACCGCAUGGACGACCAAAGGUGCUCGUUGGAGGGCGGCUUAAGUCGCACCCCCACACCCUCCUCUCCUUGUGAAACCCCGCCUGUAGCCAGCAGGAAAUCUAUUUCCACAUCCGAAGUGGAGGCCUCCGAACAGCCUGGUCAUUUCCUAGAUCUGCUGGCCAGCUCGCAAGGCAGGCGGCUGGACGAGCAGCGGGCCAGCGUGGUCAGCCUGCCAGGCCUCCGGCUGGACCAGAGCAACAGCCAGGAUGUCCUCAGCCAGCUCAUAGCCAGUGCUGACAGCAAGGAGCCGGACGAUGACUUCUUCGACAUGCUCAUCAAGUGCCAGGGCUCCCGGCUGGAUGACCAGAGGUGUGCCCCUCCCCCUCCUCCGACGCGAGGCCCCACUGUACCAGAUGAAGAUUUCUUUAGCCUCAUCCUUCGUUCGCAGGCCAAACGCAUGGACGAGCAACGCGUCAUACUGCCCUCUGACCCCAGCCCCACGCAGCUCAAUCCAGACUGAGGCCGCACAUGAGAGGAAGCACCCGAACAGAGAAGGAGGGCUCCAGCACCCAGAGGGGCUCAUGAAUUUCCUCAGUUCCUCAAUGACAGUAAAGAAGGCCUUGCUCCAGUGAAAAAUCAAAGCAUCCCAAUGUAGCAGUGGUGUCUGUUUUUCACUACAUGAAGGACUAAACAGUUAAAGAACAUUAAAACCCUAAAGCCUGAUCGGCCACUACAGCCACAGCAGUCCAGUACUAUAGCUGUGCUGGAAGGUUAAAAUAAAUUAGAUGAUAUAAGCAGGAGCUAAUCAGCAGUGGGAUUUUUUAGGAUCUUUUUUAGGAUCUCUCUUAUUUGCUGUAUGGAGACGUGGUGGGGAGUUUAGAGGGGCUUCAGACAAAAUGAUCACCUGGCCGCCAUCUCGUCCUCAGGGUUCUAUCAUACACUGACUUGUAUCUCUUUUCAUAUCGUUUAUAUUCCGCUUGCUAUCCUGAGGGGUUCCUGGAUGUUACAAACUGUUGUCAAAUGAAAAGGACAAUACACUAUUAAGGAAAAAAAGAUUUUCAUGAACCGUUUUCA